CCCAUAAAGUAUACCCGUGCUUAGCUUUCUGGCCGAUUGGUGUGAGCGACGACCGAUAUGGACCAUUUCGCCAAGCUGCCGGAGGGACGCAUCUCUGAAAUCGUUUCCUUCACUUCGCCGGCCGAUGCAUCGGCGCUGUUUGUCAUCUCCAAACGCUUCAAAUCGGCAACUGAGUCGGACACCGUAUGGAAGAAGUUCUUGCCGUCGGAUAUUGAUGACAUCAUCUCAAAAUCAUCCACUCCCCCUGUUUUACCAACCACCAAGAAAGAACUUUAUAUGUUCCUUUCUCAUUCCCACAUUCUCCUUGAUGGAGGCAAAGUGGGGUUUCUUCUUGAUAAAAGAACUGGAAAGAAAUGUUUUGUAGUUGCAGCCUCAGAGCUUGUUUUCACCAACAUGAACGAGUCAAAUCACAUGUAUAUGGUACAAAGGCUAAUAGGCUCCAGGUUUUUCGAUGUCUUGCUUCUACUUAUACCUACAUAUAAUUUGUUUUAAUAAGUCAACUAUUAAAUAAACAAUUUUUAACAUCUGUUCCAAGGGUAACUGAAUUGGCUCUACUGGACUCGACGGACGGCCGCAUGUUUGACAUUUGUGGGAGAAUGAGCAGUGAAAAGUUAUCUGAAGAAACACACUACUCAUCAUAUUUGGUGUACAGACUAUCACCGGAGCAUGGCAACAUCAACUUCUCAUUCCGGGGAGUGUGUAGAUUUGUUGACAAUGAGGGUAGAGAUGUGGCUGAAAGGAGAGUUCAGCCUUCUAAUUUGCGAGUUCCUGUCUCCAGAGAUGAUGGGUGGUUGGAAGUGGAAAUUGGGACUUUUUUCAACGUUGGAGGGAACCGCGGUGAUGUUGAAUCUUGUGUGUGUAGAGUUUUUCUUGAGUCAGGCAAAUUGCUCAUUGUGCGAGAGAUUGAAUUUCGGCCUGAAAUUAUUUUUGGAGGUAUGAGCGAUUGGGGAUUUUCUGAAGAAUUCUUGGGAGUAAAAGCUAACUUCUAGCUGGAUGGGUGUAUAUGUACUAUUGGGGCAUAUUUUGGAACUCUAUUUUGGUCAUCGUUUUACUGUAACGAUGUUGGACACAUAAGUUACAGCUUCCACAAGUUUGAUUUGGUGAUUUUAUCACAGUUUUGCGAAGUUUUCCAUUGUCUCGUUUGAUAUAUGAAAGCAGCGUACUUUUUGGUUGGUAACAUGUUCAGGAAUUGUAAUGCGCAUGUUAGUU